UGCUGGAGGUUCAAAGCGUUAUCAUCCGUUUUGUAUGUGGAAGCAUUUUUAUCAAAAUUAGGGAACUUGUUUAAUGCAUUUUUCCAGAUUUGUGUUAAAAUGAUCAAGUCAAAAGGUAGCAUUUUAGUGACGCAUGGAAUAUGGAAGUAAACUGAAGAUGCUGUGGACAGAUCAUUACUGAAAAGAAGACAAAACUUGGUCUGAAAGACCUUGCAGUUGGUUUGUCUUGCACACGUGUUGGCGAAGGUGGACUAUGGUCACUGUGCAGUUUAGGCCUAUACAUAAAAUUCUAUGACCAUUUAGUUUAAAAUAAUAAUUUACCAAAAUGGCUGGACAAAGCAAUCAACAGUUUUCUGGUCUGGGUUACACCAGUACUAGCUACAAAGACAAAAUGAAACAAAUGAGUGAACAGGAGAGAAUGAUUGAAGAGAAGAAGAAGAAAAUUUUGGAAAAGUUCAAAACAGAGACGAAACCAGCUUCAACACAAUCUCCUGCAUCAAAACCAGUUGGAAUGCCAUUAAUUGGAAAGCGUCCUGGGUUUAAACCAUCCAGCUUCAGCAGCAAAAAGCCUAAAACUACAGAGACAACAACAGUUAGCUCCUCGCCAAUAACAUCAGCCCAUAGCUUCUUUGCAAAUGAUGGAAAUUUCAUGGAGAGAUUCAUCCACAUGAAAGGGUCUAAAGCAUCCUCUGGAGCAAAACCAAAGUCAACAGAUAGUGUAAAAUCUACUGACACAAAGACAGAUUCUAGUUCAGCUCCAGCUAUGUCAGGAACACAAGACAGUGAUUCUGUUAAAGCUAGAGCUGAAGUUAAGUCAGAGGCAAAUAUCAAAAUGGAAAACUCACCCAUAAAGAGUGAGUCUGGUAUGUGGGUGCAACAACCUUCAUCAAAUUCUGAGGCUCCGAGUGUCAGUCAAGGACAGUGGACUACAACAGCUGUUGUGAAAACAGAGUCCAGUGCUUUAUCUGUAGGGAAUUGGAAUCAAGCAGUGACGUCUGAGACAGGGCAAAUACCUCCACGACCACAUCCUCACAGUGCUAAUGUACACGGACCUGAAUUCAAUCCAAACUUUAGUAAAUCUGUAACUUUCCCAACACAGCCAAGACCCCCGGCUCCUCCAAUGUUGCCAGCCCAACAGAACAUUGCAGGUCCACUUCACAGGAUGCCUGUUGAACCACAAAAUGGGGCUGGUCCAUAUGGUCCGCCACACGGUCCACCACACGGUCCACCACACGGUCCACCACACGGUCCAACACACGGUCCAACACACGGUCCUCCAGUUGGCCCUCCCACAUCAGUCUCUAGUCCCUUCCCUCCUAAUUCAGUUGCAAGUUCCUUCCCUCCUCAACCUCCUCAACAAAUGCCACACCAGCAUCUCCAAAUGCCCCAGGUCACUUUGGCUCCUCCCCCUCAGAUAUAUGGCACAUCUCAUCAGGUUGUGAGAGCUCCGCCACCUCCACAGCCUCCCCAGCCUCCAAUGAUUAGACCUGGACCUCAGCCUCCAUCCCUUGUAACACAGCAGCUCCACCCUGGCCCACCACCACCUGCUGCAUCAAUGUAUGCUGUACCAAGGCAGCAGCCUCCCCACCCACAGGAUGUAAAUGCCUAUGGAAGUGUACAGCCCCCAAUCAGUCAUUCCCAUCCUCAGGGGAUCAAUGAAUAUGGAUCUCCACUCCAGCAACCUCCCCAGCCACGACAGCCGUACCCCCCUCCUCCUCCACCCCAGCCUCCAGCUCAGGAAAUCAACUCCUAUGGACAGCCUAUCAGGCAACCGCUUCAACAGGAAAUGAAUGUGUAUAGUACAGCUCCGACCAGAGCGCCACCCCCUCCCCCUCAAACACAGUAUCCUGGUGCCCCUCCCCCAAUAUCGCACCCUCAGUCCCAGCCUCCACCACCUCAUCCUUUCAUGAGUCAACCUCACUUAGCUCCUCAUCAUCAAAUGAUGCCUGGUCAUCCUCCAUCUUGCCCACCUGGAAGGCCUCCAAAUGUGCCACCCCAUACAACUGUACCCAGUCAGGCUCCACCACAUCCUCCUGCCCCUGUACAGAUGCAUUUACAUCCACGUCCUCCACAGACACAGAACUUUGGUCCCCCAGGACAGAACUUACCACCCCCUCCAGGGAUAGACAUGUUCCCCUCUGCUCCUCCUCCUAUCAGUGAUCAACGGAACCAGCAACAGUCAUCGGAGAGCGAAUACGACCCAUCCAUGCCCACAGAAUCUGAGUCACCAGUUAAACCCAAUUAUGAAACAAGGAAGGAUGAUUCUCCAUCAUCUAGGCAACCAACACAAAAAGUGAAAAUGAGCGAAAUGUUUGAUUUACCAGAACCUGAAAAUUCAUCAAUAAAAAGAGACAAUGAAGUUUCUCCACCAGAGGACCCACACACGCUAGAAACUAUUGAAAGAUUUGCAGCCCAAGUCGCAGAGAAUGGUUCCGAGUUUGAAGGAAGAACCAUGUGUGAAAAUGUCAACAAUCCUUUAUAUUGGUUUCUGUUCAACCAAAGCAGUGAUGCCUACAAGUACUUCCGUCAGCAGGUUCGACAGGCAACAAGAGCCAUGGGACGACUGGAUGAUGGCAAUGACGGAGACACUGAAGAUGUUGAAGGUAUGGAGAGGAGAGGAGAAAAAGUGAGGAAGAAGCGUAAGAGUAGAUGGGCCGACUCAGACAAUGUAGCUGACUCUGGUUCAGGUCAGUCUGCCUCAUCUCAGGACAUCCCAGGACCAGCAACUUCCAAACAGCAACCUCCACCACAAGUGACACUUCAAGAUUUUGCCAGAAAAAUGGUGGGCAGUGACACUCUGAAUGAUGAUCAGAUUCAGCAAAUCAAAGAACAGCAGGAGUUAAAUAUGAUGUACCAGUUGAUUCUGGCCCAAAAGAAAGCCAAGGAAGCAGCCAUGAUGGCAGAGCUGCCAGGGAUGAAGGCGAGUCAGAAGUACGAGUACGACUCUGACGAGGAUACAGAGGGAGGCACAUGGGAACACAAAAAACGUUCCAAUGAAAUGUUAGCCACCAGAGAAUGGGCUGAUUCUUUGACCGAAGCAAACAGAGGAAAGCAUUUCAUCGGUGACUUCCUUCCCCCAGAAGAACUGGAACGCUUUAUGGAAACGUACAGGGCCCUUAAGGAAGGACGAGAACCAGACUUAUCUGACUACAAAGAGUUCAAGAUCACAUGUGAAAACCUUGGCUACCAGAUGUUACAGAAGCUUGGCUGGAAAGAAGGGGAGGGGCUAGGAUCAGAAGGACAGGGCAUCACUCAGCCUGUCAAUAAAGGCCAACAGUCAGUGGAAGGGCGAGGACUCGGCACAGAGCGCCCGGCAAACCUGUCCCGAGAUGAUGACGAGUAUGACGCCUUUCGUAAGAGGAUGAUGUUGGCUUAUCGCUUCAGGCCUAACCCCCUGAACAAUCCCAGGAGACCAUACUACUAAGGUUUAUGUCAGCGUUAACCAUGGACUCACCUUGUGCUAUGUUAGAGGAGAUGAUACAAACUUCCACAUCUAGGUGAAGAUUAACACAUCAUAUACUAAUGUCGUCAUUUAUAUCAGAUCGCUUGUUAGGUCUUACAUCUGCAAUCCUAAUGAACGUUCAGAGUGCAAUAGUUGUUUAAUUUAAACAAAGGAAUGGAAGAAUGAUACUAUAUUAAGAAUUCCCCACAAAGCAAAAGGUGUAACAUUUCUCUGUUACAUGUAGACGUUGGUCUAUCUGGUCCAAACAGCCAAGCAAGCAUAUGAUGUUGACAGGAUCUUUAUUCCAUCUUUAAUAAGCUUAUUAUUAUGUUUCAAAUGCCAGAAACUCUGUGUAUACAUUUUUGUUUAAUGGACAAGAUGAGUAAAUGAAAAGAAAUAAAGAUUAUCUGUUCCUUGAUAAUUCUAAACUUAUUUACGAAAAUCUGAUUGCAUUAAAAUAAUUCCAGAAAUAAAAUAUCAAGACAUUUUCCAAGAGAACUUAGUUACUAGACAGGUUUUAUGUUAAAUGGUUUGAAUGCAAUGGAAAAUUGUGAAGAAUUGUCAUAUACAUAGACAUGUACAUGAUUUCAUCGCAUUUUCAACAGGAGUCUUCUCUAGCCCGUGUUUAGGAAUGGAAAUCGGAUUCCCUUUUCAGACUCUUCAAUACAGACAGGAAAUUUGACAUGCUUUUCACACAUUAAAUUUUCUAUACAGAAAGAAAAUAUGAAAAGCAAGUCAAAUUUCCUGUCUGUAUUGAAGAGUCUGAAAAAGGAAUCAAAUUUUCAUUCUUUUAUUGAACCAUGUGUUCUGAAUGAAAUGUGUAUUAGAUGAAUUUUUUUCUGUAUAGAAAUGCCUGAAAAGGGAGUCAAAUUUUCUUUCUGCAUUAAAUGUGUGUUAAAAGUGAGCAAAGUUUUCUUUCUGUAUAAAAAUGUUUGAAAAUGGAAUCAAAUUUUCCUUAUGUAUUUGAAAUGUCUUAAAAUGGAUUUUUUUUCUUUCAUGUGUAUAAACGUAUGAAAAGUGAGUUAUGUGGAUUAUUGAUCUAGUAAGAUGUUGGUGUUGACCUUGUGAAAAAAUGAUGACAUUUAAGAAGCAAUUAAGAAAUACAAACAGUAUUAUGAUGGUGCUGAGAUUCAGACUAUGAUAGGUGUAAUAUGAUUGUUUCUUAUGAAGAGUUGUAAAAUAAGAAUAACUGUGUUAUGUAAAAAGUUAAAUACAUAAAAAAUGCAAUAUUUCUUUUUUUAUUUCUCUUUUUUUCCCCUGUUUUUUCAUAAAUUGUCUAAAGGUUUCAGCAUUACCUUUUAAUUCUUGGUUGAGAUCUGCUAUUAAAUUGUAACAAAAACUUGGUUUAUAUAAACGCCUACCAAAUAACAAUGCUGAUUGUAUACUAUCGGGACCAAGUUUGAUUGAAUGCCAAUCUUCAUGUAGCCCUAUGGAAAACGCAUGUUGACUUUUUUUUUCAAUGUAAGCUUGUUCAUACAUUUUUUGGACGGUAUAUGUUGAUGAGACUUUGAGAGUUAAUAAUGCAUACAAUUGUCUUGUAAUUUGUUAUUGAUUAUGUUCCCUAUGGUGAAAUUGUUUGUCAUGGUAAAGUUUCAUUUAAUAAAUCUCUAAUGUAUGAUGUACAUAUAAUGGUUAACAAACCCAGACAUACUGAGUUAUCUACUAGUAGUGUGGUGGGAUAAGUGCUAUCUACCAGCAUAUGGAAUUUAUGUUAUUGCUUUAUAUAUAAAAAUUUGCUCAUUAAAUUCUGAGUUAUGGAAGUGUUAUUACUAUUAUUCAAGUCACAGGUACAUUUAUAAGAUAGAACUCUAACAAAGAUUACAGGUAUGAUGAGUAAGGUAGCAUAUAACCUAAAUUCUAACACAGAUCAUAGGUAUUAUGAAACCAUUGUACAUAUUAUAAUAAUCUGUUAUAAAGUGACUUCAGUUUCAAAGUGGUACCCGGUAAAUGACCCAACUUCCCUGAACAUUUGUUAUCCUGCGCUUUCACUGAACGAGGAAUAUCAGUUUCGGUUUGUCCGUUUAUCUUUCACGCUUCGUUUCCGUGCAACGACUGCAACAAAUGUUAAUGGAUUUUCUUUAAACUUGGUAACAGGGUUAAAUGCCCUAAGAGGUUGUCCAAGUUGAAUUGCCACUUUUGCUAGACUUUAUGGAGUUAUGACCCCAUGAUUAACUGAAAACUUCAUUUUCUGCCAUUACCGUAUAAUAAUUGCAACAAAUAUUACAGUUUUUCUUCAAACUUGAUAACAUGGGUAAAUGCCUUAAGGGUUCAGCCAAGUUCAAUUGCCUCUUUUGACGAAAGUUACCUGGCCUUGAUUAAUGAAAAAAUGUUUUCUGCUGUUCCUAUGAAAUAUUAUGCGAUUAUCAUGAAACAGAGUGGUUUGGUGAUCGCAGAUGAGAAGAGAAGUCUUGCAAAAUCAGUUUACUUUAUCCCAUAAUAGAUGUUCAAUAAAACAUCUCACUUCUGCAUUUUAAAGGCUUUACUUUUUUCUGUCCAGUUUCAUGCACUACAUUAUGGCUCAGCAGAAUUGAUCAGUCUGUAGAGCUGUAAUGACGUGCUUACUCCUAACCUCAAAAAUGAUUAUCUACAUCCGGAGAGUGGGGAAUAUAAAUUUCAUGAAUUUGCUUGUUUACCUUAUAUUGUGUAUUGUAAAAAUAUUGUGCUAUUUUCAUAGUGCUUUAUACAUAUUGUUCAGAUUGUACUACUAGAAAGAGGACGAGAGAAAUUGAAUGAUUUUGGGCAUACCAAAUUAUGAGAUGCAUGAAUGAAUUUGAAGUUGGUGAUUAAAGAUAUUGACUGUCUUUUAAUAAACUGUUUUUAAAAUCAAUGGUCAAUAUCUGUACAUAUAUAUAUAUAUUUACAUACUCAAAUGUCAAUACUAUGGUGACUAUUCCAUUUUGAUUUUGCUUUUUGUUUAUAUUUUUAUUAUACCACUAUUGAGUCGAAGUUUGAUGGGCGUAAGAGAAUAGCGUCUGUUUGUCUGGGUUAAAGUUUGGGUUCAAGGUUCUUCAGUGGUGGACAGUUCCAUCAGGUUAUGCGUUAUUGUCAUAAUUUUUGGCGUGGAUGUUCAUAUAGUGUCUUAAAAUGACAAUAUGCAUUUAAUUUUGGAAAGUAAUUCCUAUUUCUGUAAAUUUUGCACAUGUGUAGAACUGAACUUUUCUUGUUCAAUUUGUCAGUAAAAGUUUUAGUGCAAGUUUCUUUGUUGAGGUACAGUUCAUUCAGAUUAUGCUAUUGUCCUAAUUUUUGGCAGGGAUGUACAUGUGGGGUUAAACAAGGACAACAUGGAUUUUAAUUUUGGAAAAUUGUUUCUAUUUUGUUUUGUUUUUGACAAUAUUGAUUAAAUAUUUGGUAAUGAUUUUUUUGGUUUGCCAAUUUUGGACUUUUUGGGGCAAUCUUUGCAGGACAAGAUAACUUUGAAUAUCAAACAAACUAUCUAAACAUUGUUGGAUAGGGUCAGACAGGUGUAUUAUCCAUCGGUUUGGGGCGGACAGAUGUUUAUGUGAAAAGGUAAAAAGUACUUUCUCUAGAUGGUGAGGGGCACUUAAUAUGAUGAUGUUGCAUACUAGUCGAAUACAAAGCAGUUGUAUUACAUGUAAGCUGUGGGAUAUUGGAGAUAUAAUUUGUCUUUGUUUAAGGAUGAUGUUUUCAAUUGAUCUGCAUUAAUAUUGUUAAUCAUAUAAAAAAAAGUAUAUACAUUUGUAGUCCCUAAAUAUCUACUUUAAUAAUUUGAAUUUGUUAGAUGUAUGUACAUGUAUAUGAAUGAAGUAAUAAGAUUAACAAUCUGCCCAGACCCUGAUGAUAAUCAGUAAGGCAUAUCUCAGUUGUUUAAUUUUUGUUUUAGUUUUUUCUUAUAUAAUUUUGAUUUAGUAGUCACGUUUGGUCAAAUAAUCUUCAAUAUUUGCUGAACAACAUGCCUUAAAUGAAAAAAAUGGAGACUGAUAAAUAUAAGGGAUAUUUUUGUAGAUUGUGUGUAUGUACAUAUGUCAUGUUUUGAAAGUUGAAACUUUUAAAUAUUGAUUCAUUACUUUUCUUAAAAAGUUGUAUACAAAGGUGUGGAAUAUUAAGUAACAGUAUAUCUUUCUGCAAUGUGAAUAAGACGUAGAGAUUUGUGGAUAGCUGAGUUGUAUAUAUGGUAGUGUCUGUAACUUUGUAUUAAGGCUUUUUUCAAUACAUGUAUUCCAUUUCCAGUUUCUGUCACUCAAAUAGAAAAAAAAAUGUUUUCUGCACUAGAGCUAGAGUUUAUGUAGUUUGAUAACAUUCAAACAGCAUGUUAUUGAUGACUCCGAGGAUUCUGUUUAAAAAUGGAGGGCAUGGGUUUAUUAGCAAUGUCAAAUGUCAAGGUACACCUGCACCCACCCUUCCACCCACCUUUUUUUUUUUUUUUUAUCUCAGAAGAGGUAAGCAUGCUGUUUUAUGCUAAGAAACUACAUGAUCUCAGUUUAUUUCUUCACAAUUAA